GAAAGCUGGACAUCUUCCACACUACGGAGCCAGGACUUCUACUUGGUACACAUGCGGAAUAGGGGCACGAAGCUUGUAGCAAACGAGUUCCUCAAGAGCACCGCGUUUGCCAAAUCUUGCGCUAUAAGCUACACGUGUUUCCAAAAUCAUCCAUGUAAAGUAGUUCUGCCUAAGGUACACAAGAGCGACCCUCCACAGAAUGUUUUCCCCUCGACCGCAACGCCUCAGACUUAGUCGUCGCUUACGAUGCGUGGCUUCUUGAAGCACUUUCAACACGGCUCUGCAUCAUCCAGCGGCGCCAACAGCCCUGUGUACCGUGAAGCGUCCUCAAGCUACCCGCCCCUGGAGAACGCUCCGCCACUCAGCAGCAUGCAGCAGCCAGGCAGCCCUUUGGAGUUGCAGCAACAGCUGCUGACGCUGCAAAUGCAACUCGCGGCUCAGCAGCAAAGCCGCAUUCCGCAGCAGGCCGCACCCACAACGCCAGCACCGGCACUUGACCGUGUUUCAACGCCAGUCAAGAGCUCAUUGCAGACGACGGCAGGCGCGCAUCAGCCGGUACACAUCCUGCUUGUGGUCAAUGAGCCCAGCCUUGCCGCAAUCUUUCAGUCGGCGCUGGCGCAGGCACCGGUAUCCUCGGUCCUGCAUAUGGCGGGCGCGCCGGACGUGUUCGCCGUGAUAGAGCAGAUCAGGACGGUGCGUGGCGAGGCUGCGGGUCGGCCCAGCGGCCCUGACAUCAUCGUCUUCCAGCCCGAUGUGCUGUUCAGCGCCCCCGGCGGCGCCAUGCAGGCCCGGCAGGCGUGCGGCGGCGGCUGCAGUGUGGUGGUGCUUCAAGCCAACGAGGCGGUGGCGCGGGCGCUGCAGGCGGAUGACUACCUGGGUGGCCCCACGCCCUCCCAGCCGCUGCGCAAGGAGGACCUGGCGCUCAUGGUGCUCAAGUGCCGCGCCCGCCAGCAGCAGCGGCAGCAGCCAACAGCAGGAGCUGGCAGCAGCCCAGCGCCCGCGUCCCCGGCGCCCUCGCUCUCAGUGCCCGCAUCCCCGACGCCGGCGCCACCGGCGCACUCUCCAAUGGCCAACGGCGUCACUGCCAGCCCUCAGACCCCGCAGCAGCAGCAGCUGGCGGUACUACAGGCGCAGAUGGCGGCACUGCAGGCUUCCAAGACGGCGAGCAGCGCAGCCAGCUCGCCACGGGCUGCCGGGGGCACGGAGAUACAGCCCGCGGCCGACGGCGCCGCGGCUUCAGGGGCGGAUGCCGGGAGCUCGGACCACCACCACCGGCCGCCGCCGCUGCAGCUGACGUCAGCUGGCGUGAUGCCAACGGACGCGGUGCCGACGGGGUCUGUGGUUGUGCCGGGAGGCAACACGCCCAGAGGCACGGCCGCGGCGGCUGAGCUGGCGGCGCAGCUUGCCGUGCUACGGAGGAAGGUGGGGGAGAAGGGGCGGCCCAGCACAGACCUCUCCUCGUCCGCCACCUUAGCCGCACCAGCCGCUGCGGCGGCCCCGGCAGCCCCGACCGCCGCAGCAGCGAGCACCUUGCAGUCACAGCUGGCGGCGCUGCAGGCGUUACAAGCUCAGCAGGCACAACUGCAAGCCAUGAUGGCCCGGGCGGGCGUGCCGGCAAAGCCGGUCACCGCCGCCGCCACCAUCACCACCUCCCCCGCCAGCAGCAGUCUGCCGCUGCCGGCCGUGAACGCCAACAGUGCGGGCGCGCGGCUGGGCAAGAGCUCAGGCGUACUCACGGGCAGCCCAGGCACGGCUGCUGGCACUGGGGUUGGAGCCGGUGGCGCGGCCGCGGCUGCGGGCGGGGGCUUGCCCGCUGGCAUAGUCGGCGGCGGCGCGCUGGCGGCCCGGCCGGGAGCACGGAAGCUGGGGCUGGAGAACUUCGGUAGCAUGGUGCGGCCCAUCGCAGCCGGCAGGGGCUCGGGGAUACCUGGGGCGCCCGGCGGCGCGCGUCCGAGCGCGGGCUUGCGGCCUGGCAGCCUGGGCAGCCCCAUCGCCAGCGGUGGCGGCGGAAUGAACGGUGGCCUGGGUGGUUUCGGCGGAGGAGUAAGCGGCACCAUGUCGCAGAGCCCAGGGCCAAGCCCUGCCGCUGGUGCGGCCACGGGUGCGGGUGCGAGCGGGGUUGCGGGUGUGGUUGUAGGUGCGGGCAUGGUUGCUGGCAGCGGCAGUCCCAUGGGCCACCCGCUGCCCGCCAUGCCGCCUCAGCCGCCCCUCCAGCUUGCAGACACCGCCUCGCUUUCUGCAAUCCAGGCGCAGCUGCAGGAACUGCAACGGCAGCUACAGCAACGCACUUCUGGCGGCGCAGCCGCGCCACCCGCAGCGUUUGUGGCGCCAAAGCUAGCGACGUCGGCAGCCGCACCGGCAACCUCGUCCCCAUUCGGCACGUCACUGGCGCCAGCGGGCUCGAGCUCCAGCCCCAGCGGCGCCGCCGUGGCCAACAACGGGCCAGUUAGCAUAGACACCCUGCUCGCCAGGACCUCCACGGGCUCCUCGCUCAAUGGUGACAGCCCGCGGACCGGGGGCGGUGGCGGCAUCUCCACUGGCGGCGGCGACAGCAACACACCCUCUCGGUCCAACUCCUUUGUGGCUCCGUCUGGCAGCCAGGCCCGCUACCGCCCUCCCCGCUCGCGCUCUCCCUCGCCCCUCAGCGGCAUGUCUUCGGGCCACGUCAGCGACAACGGUGGCGGCAGCGGCCCCGACUGGGGCGGUGGGGGCGGCUCGGGGCGCGCUGGCGGCGGCACGACGCGCUUCGCCGCGACCGCGUUAGGAGUUCCCAGCCAGGGCCGCUUGAUGGGCGGCAGCGCCGCCAGCAGCGGCCGCCACACGGGCUACACCAGUGACACCAGCCUCGACCACCAGCAGCACCCCCCGCGGUCGCGAUACGCCCCUGGUGGUGGCGAUGAGUCUGGCGGCAGCGCGGCGCCGCUGUUGCUGGCCAGUGCCAAGUCGGGAGACGACGCCAUUGCGGCCGCACUCAGCGCAAUCACAGGGGAGGAGCGCGGGGAGCACACCACAGGCCGGGCGCCGAGGGCGGACACAGAAGCCGCGCCGUCGGCGGCGCGAGCCGGCGGGGCGCGUGACGGCGGCACGGAAAGUGACGGCGGUGCUGGCAGCCGAGGUGGAGCUGGCGGCAGCAGCGGCGGCGCCGUGCCCGGUGCCGCGCUUGCGGAGGCGUUGGGGCGAUUGGAGGCAGAGGCGAGCAGCAGCGCGGACGUAGACGGGGCAAGUGUGAUGGAGGCGUCUUUCGCCAUGACGGACUCGGGACCGGCCGGGCGAGGCAGCAUCAGCGGCGGCUUCGCCUCCUCCGUGGACCUCCAGCCCUACGGAGCUGCUGCUGCAGCAGCGGCGGCGGCGGUGACGGCCACUGCUGCGGCUGAAGGAGGUGUCAGGGGCGUGAGCGGUGGUGGCGGCGGCGCCGCAGCGGAGGCGCAGGACCAGCCUGCACAGCCGCCGCCGCCACCGCACCGGCUGUCGAACAGCAGCGGCGCUCCGCCACGCGGGAUCGUCAAAACGGAAAGGGUUGCGAUGCCGCCUCCGGAACCGGAAUCAGCGCCCCCACCGGUGUCCGCACGAGCACCUGCGGCAGCGCCGCCACCCGUGUCCGCACCAGCGCCCGCACCAGUGCCGCCACCAGCACCGGCACGAGAGCCCGCACCUCCGCCGGCACCUACAGCCCCACCUGCACAAGUGCCCGCACCAGCGCCUGAGCUCACCAAGCCACUUAACCAGGGCGGCAUCGCCAUGGCGUCAUUCGAGCUGCCGCGGUCCGCGUUCGCCUACAACGACCCCCCGUCUUUCGACCAAGAAGCCGACCAGCCGCUGGCAGUCCGCGCCGUGCGGCAGCCCGUGGCCGCCGCUGCGGCAGCUGGGCCAUCGGUGCUGCCGCCGCUGGCAGCGGCCGCGGCCGCGGCAGAGGCGGCGCCGGCAGUGCCCGCAACGGCUGGGGCGGGGGCUGAGCUGGCGGUGGGCACGGAGAACUCGGAAGACCUGGCCUGGUGGAGUCCCACGCCCUCCGCCUCGGACCUACGACCCCUUGUACGGGGGGAGGCAUCGGCGCCGGCUGCGGCCUCUGCGAGCGAGGAGGACGCAGUGCUGCGGCGGUCGUCGUCUGGUGGCGGGCCGGCGGCUGCGCCUGCAGCGGCACCUGAAGCGGCAGCAGUGCCAUUGCCGGUGCUGGAGCCCAAGCCAGUAACGCCGCCCCGGCCGCCCUCGGGACCUCCGGCGGAGCUCCCCCGGCUGCCGUCCAUCGACAGUACACUCCCACUGUCCGCCGCCACACGCGCUGCGCCCGCCUCUCCGCCGCCGCCGGCAGACGCGUCAGCCUUGCACGACAAUAAGCCGGGCUCCCCUGACCUGUCCCCCGUGCCACGAAGCGGCAGGAGCGGGUCCGCCGGCGGUGGCGUCUCCGCCCGGCCGCCAUCAGUCGCCAACGGGCCCGGGACCACGCCUGCGGCAGUUGCCGCCGCCACCGUCGCAGUGUCGAACGCUGCAGUGGACGCUACCUCAACUACAUCGGUCCCACACCCGAGUGGCGGCGCCGCUGUGCCGGGGACGCUCGACGCGGCGUUGCUGGCGGCAGCCGACGGCUACGCCGCGCCGAAAACGGCAGCGGUAGUGGAUGCCCUGUGGGAUGCCCAGGUGAACGGCUUCAGGUCAACGGGCGCCGUUGGUCCUGAUGGCAGCGGUGGUGGGCAGCUGCAGCGCCCUGGCACGCCGCCGCCGCGCCGCCGCGCCCGCAUCCUGCUGGCUUCGCACCCCAUCGUGAUCACACGUGACGACGUCAUGUCCACGCCACGCUGAGCGAUGCUGGCGUAGGUGCCGUGGCCUGCUGGCGAGGGCGCCAGCUCGGGGGGGGGGAAGGAGGGUUGUAAAUUCCAGCCCAAACUAAACCAAACCAAGCUAAAACGAGCGGAGCACAGGGGUUGAAGGCGUGUCGGCGCUGAACAGGCUUGUACUGCGGUCUAGAAUCUAAAAAUGGGGGGGUUGUCUACUGUGCGACGGUGGGGUGCGGCUCAGCGUCUGGGCCGUGGAAAUGCAUGUGUGCGUGUGCUUGUGUGGCAUAGGGCGGUGUGCGGUGGAAUGUCCGUCGUGCGGGCGCAUCAGGGAAUCAAGGGGAUGCGCUGGCUGGCGCUCCGAAUCUGCGCGUGGACCCGGCAUGGACGUCACGAAGUGCAGCGCCUAAGCUAAGAUUGCUAAGCCAAAAGCGGUCCAGAAAUGCGUUUGCCCGACUAAUGUUGUGACAUCCACACCGCAUGGAUUACCCCUGAACACGUUAAUAAAUGCUGCAAUACGGUAGUAAGAACCGGUGUGUAGCGGUGACUUUGUGCGCUACUGUAUGGUGCGAGGGUAUUGGCGUCGAAGGGUGGGUACUGGGUAGGCCCCUGGGCUCUUGUGUAACCUGGAAUGUGCGGUGCUGACAAAUUGUUGACCGUGCCUGUGCCAGGCCGGUUCGGUGCGACGGGGCUCAAUGAGUUUUUCUGGAUGUGUAUGUGGCCUGCACACCCUGUUGUGGCGGGCGCGGCAGCGCGAGGGCAGUCUGGGUGUGCUGCAUGUUCGCGUCCACAGCGGAACGCGUCGUGGGCACGGGCAACCAAGCCGUUGGUGCGUGUCAGCGUGUGCGUAUGCGUGGUGAGGAGGGCUUCAGCACUAACGAUCUUUCCUGUGAUCAGACGUACAUGCGUGAGGAUAUCAUCUGCGAAAACAUUGUUGCGUUGCAAAAUGUGUAGACGCACGCGUUGGGCUGGUGAGGCAGGGGGUUGAGGACGCGGGGUGCAGGGGCGAUGGGCGGUAUCCUAUUGGAGUGUGGGAAAUGCCUCAGGCCUGGCGGAUAACAGCGGAUGCAAGCAGUGUGGCAGGCGUGUGAGCUGUGCAGAGUGAAGAUGCAGUGUGUCGCAACGGCGCGCGCGGGUGUACAUGCUGCCCGAUGGGCGACCGUCAAGCCGAUUUCUCACCUGAUGCCCCGCCGUCGCGGCGAGAUGCCCCCGCAAAGCCAGUCGCUAGGGCGAUGGGGCUGCCCAGGCUGCCAGGCCGCAAGCCCGCGCUUGGACGCGCGACGCCGGGCGCCCCAGGUAUCCCACUUUGGGUCACUGUGCGGUAUUCGAUCUCGAUAGCAUAUGUAAGCAGUCACGCAUCCCAGGAUGACGGGAUUGCUUACGUACUCAACAAAACUUCCUAUGAA